CAAACCGUGAGAACCCCCAUCCUCUCGAGCAUCCUCCAUCUGUGGCUCUUCCAUGCUCCGCCGGAGACGACCGUGAGAACCAUCAGAGACGGAGACGAAUGUGAGAACCCCCAUCCUCUCGAGCAUCCUCCAUCUGUGGCUCUUCCAAGCUCCGCCGGAGACAACCGUGAGAACCAUCAGAGACGGAGACGGUUCCUCUGAGCUCCAUGGGUAUCUCUCUAUUUCAAUGUUUCAAAACCUGUAUUUGACUUGUUUGGGUUCUUCUGGUACAUGCACCAAACAACACAUUAACUGCAAGACAGUGUACUCAUUAUGAAUUCCGGGCAAAAGGAUUUUCUAUAAUAAAAGACUUUGGAUUUUGAUUGAUUUAUUGAGAUAUGUCUUCUGCGGUUAUGCAACAUCACGGAGGGGAUGGUGGGGCAAAUCCUCCUCCAGAUCCAACGCAGAUACAGGCUGAUUGUGAGAGAGUGACGACUAAAACGAAAAGGCGCGGCAUCAACAAGGGGUUUUCAACUCGAGAAGCUAGAGUUGCAUUAGGUAGACCACUACCACUGGAGUGGGAUGUUCGAGGGAAGACUUACAAAGAAAUUGGUAAUUAUUCCCAACAUUUCUCUAGAGAGAUCGGCAUUCUCAUUCGACAAUAUGCCGAUCCCGACUACGACCGAUGGGAUAAAGUACCCAGCGAAGUUAGAGAUCGCAUACUUCCUCGUCUAGAGGAUGAUUUAUUCGACAUUGGUCGAAGUCGAUAUGCCUCAGAGAACCUCCCCGGCAUUCUUUUGGGCAUUCAACGGUCGUGCGCUGAUCGUUACUCGGAGUGGAAGAAUGACUUGUCAACUCAUUUAAAAAAGAAUGGUCGAGCACAUCCUCCUGAUGGUUUGGUGGUGGAGAAAUGGCAGAAGGCGCUCCAGUAUUUUGAUCGCCCUGAAGUGAAGAGGCGUUCUGAGACUAACUCUGCGAACCGUGCAAAACAAAAACAGAGAAGCGUGCAGGGUUCACAGUCUACGCCAGCCCUUCGUUACAAGAAGCGUGAUUUACAAACUGGGUGUCUUGCUGGGGUUCCAGAGAUUUGGAUGACGACUAAGUAUAUAGACGGGGAAGGUUGGGUGAGCAAGGCAGCAAAAGAUAACUAUGUAAGUAAAUUUAUAUUUUAUGAUGUUCUUACUUUAUUGUGUUGUAAAUUCUAAUAUUCUUGAAAAUUGUGUGAUACAGGAAAAUAUGAUAGAGAUACGUGACACUCUGCAGUCACAAUCAUCUACGAGCGCCUCUGCCUCGAGUACUAUCCCGAGAGAAGAUGAUGACAUUAUUCUUGUUGAGACGAUAUUUGGACGUCGUCGAGGCUAUCAGCCGGGUCUUGGUCGUAGGAUUCGCACGAGGGCGAAUUGUGAAGCGGCUGAGGUACCUCAACCAGCCCAACCACCUCCUACCGCACAAGACAUGCAAGAGGUGAGGGAGCGACUCCGAGCCAUAGAGGAGCACUUGGCUAGGAUUGGUGGAGUCUCGGGAUCUGGAUCUUCUCAGCAAGGUCCUGGUGCCGAUCCUACAACACCUAGUUAAAAAUAUUUAUAUUUAUGUAUUUUAAUUUUACUAUGGUAGUUACUUUGUUAUAUAAAUAUUUAUAGUAAAAAUAUAAUUUUGUGCAUGAUUAAAUUUCUCUUUUAUUUCAAAUCUUUUAGCA